AUGCUUCUAAAUAAUAAUGUGACUGAGUUCAUUCUGCUGGGGUUGACACAAGAUCCGCUUAGGAAGAAAAUAGUGUUUGUUGCUGUUUUGAUAUCCUAUUUGGGGACGUUGCUGGGAAACUUGCUGAUCAUUACCACCAUCAAGAGCAGCCAGGCACUUGGGAGUCCAAUGUACUUCUUCCUUUUCUAUUUAUCCCUAUCUGAUACCUGCUUCUCCACGUCCAUAGCUCCUAGAAUGAUUGUGGAUACCCUUUUGAAGACAGCCACUAUCUCUUUCAGCGAAUGCAUAAUCCAAGUCUUUUCAUUCCAUUUCUUUGGCUGCCUGGAGAUCUUCAUCCUUAUCCUCAUGGCCGCUGACCGCUAUGUGGCCAUCUGUAAGCCCCUGCACUACACAACCAUCAUGAGCCACAGGGUCUGUAGUAUUUUGGUGGCUGUGGCCUGGGUGGGUUCCUGUGUGCAUUCUCUCACUCAGAUUUUUCUGGCCUUGAGUUUGCCUUUCUGUGGUCCCAACGUGAUUGAUCACUAUUUCUGUGACCUGGAGCCCUUAUUGAGCCUCGCCUGCUCAGACACUUAUGUGAUCAACCUCCUUCUGGUGUCCAAUAGUGGGGCCAUUUGCAUAGUGAGUUUUGUCAUGCUGAUGAUUUCCUAUGCUAUCAUCCUCCAUUCCCUGAGGAACCACAGCGCUGAAAGCAGGAAAAAAGCCCUCUCCACCUGCAUCUCCCACAUCAUCGUGGUCAUCUUGUUUUUUGGACCGUGCAUAUUUAUAUACACACGUCCAGCCACGACCUUCCCCAUGGAUAAGUUGAUAGCUGUGUUUUAUUCUCUGGGAACACCUUUACUCAAUCCUCUGAUUUACACUCUGAGGAAUGCAGAAGUGAAAAGUGCCAUGAAGAAGUUGUGGAGGAAAAAACUGAUCUCAGAUGAUGUAAGAUGA